UAAAAAUGGCAGCUACUUCGAGACCAGGGGACUGGAUUGUAAUUGCCCGUAGUCAGCUUGAAAGCUCCCAGGAGUGGAAGGCAUUUACAACAGAUCUCUUUUAUGCUGUCCAGCAACUUUUAAGUGAGAGCCAUGUCAGCAGUUUCACAGACCUAUCUGAGGAUGAAAAAAAUCUCAUUCUGGAAAGGGCAUCCAAGACUAUCCAUACAGGGAGCUCAUACAAAGUCCUGAUGGAUCAUAUUAACUCCAUUUUAGAAGAACAACUUUCUACUUGUAUUUCUCAGGAAAGAAAAGAAAGCAACAUUCUGAAGCCCAAAUCCCAAAUGAUUUUGAGCCACGUGUAUGAUGCAAUGGUAAGCCUGUUGGAGAAGAGUCCCCACAUGAAAUCAAAACUGCAUGAUCUUUUUAAUAAUCCUUUGCCCUCAGAUCUCAGAGGGAUAGCCUGGAAGCUAUUUUUGUCCAACAUAAAGGUUCGCAUGGAAUAUCUAACAAGAGUUUCUGAUGGCCAGUCAAAGUCAGUUAUAGACACAGAAAUUUCUCUGCACUGCCAGUCUUUGCUUUCCUCACAGUCAACUUUCCAGCAUCUGAAAGAAAAUAAAUGGGCAGAGCUGGCAAUGUCUACUGUCAUGUCAUACUAUCAUAAAUAUCAAAAUAUGAAAAUCAGCCUUCAAGACUCAGACUACUUGCUGGUGAUUCCCCUCCUGCAGAAUGCUGUAGAAAAUUCUACUCAAAGUUCUUCAUUGGACUCGUUAAGUGUAACGUUAGUUGAAGAAUACAUAACCCUAAUGGAAUCUAGACCGCACUACAUGAGGACUGCUACCAGUCGGAAUAUGGCAGAUUACAAUAUUUUUCAGUUCCUACUGGAGUUCAUUGAGAUGAAGGAUGAGGAACUGAAACAAGUCCUCCAGAACGUGUACAGUCAUGAAGGUGAGCAGCCCCAAGACGCCUUACUGAGGGGGAUAAAGACCAUUUUAGUGCCAGCUGUCCAAACUCUUUUUGUAGGACUUUUGCAAGCAAGGACAGUGAUGUACAUAUGGGACCAGUAUAUCAUUGGUUUGGAUGAGCCUUCCUAUGACUGUAUUCCAACAUUCAGCUUGGCCUUCCUUCUUCUCCUGAGAAAGGAUCUCUUAUUGUGUCAAUCGCCUGGUGAUGUAGAAGCAGUGCUGAGGUCAUGCAGUCCUGCUUUAAGUGUUCAGGAAUUUCAGUCCAUUAUUAAUCAGCAUUUUUAUGAAGAACUGUUUGGCAAGCUGAACAAACAGAGAGAAAACACAGUUCCCAUUCUGGAUCCAACUCAUACUUCUGUUUCUCCAUGGAAUCAUCUAGCAAACAGGCCAGCUCCAGCAUCAUCCAAGGCUCAAGACAGAAGACAGGCGAGAAUGCAGAGAGAGGAACUCCGAAAUCAAUAUAUAUUGAAAAUGAAGGAAGAAGAAAGGCUAAGAAAACAGAAAGAAGAAAUGGAUGCCAGGCAGAAGGAGAUGGAGCUACAGAAGCUGCGGAAUGAAACUCUUAAAGUUCACCAAGAGAAGUCCAGUCUUGAAGAAAAACUUUUACAGGAACGUCAUGACUAUUACAAUAUGCAAAGGAAUGCAGAAGAAGAGAUUAGUAAGCUGCAAGCUGAAAUUGCAAGACUACAAGAUCUAAAAAGGCCUUCUUUUGAUGCAGUUUCUCUAGAAAGCCUUGCAGCUCCUCCUCCUUCCAGAGCUUCAAAUAACCCUUCUCACACAGAGCAACAAACAGUUGUCAGUGAACCUGCAAUGACUUCUACAGUGUUGAACAGUACAGUCCCCAAGGAUACACAGAGGAGCACAGCAGAAAGACUAACCAUAGAUUUACUGAAAAAUAUAAUUCAAGCAGCAGAUGCAAUUGCAAAUGGACAAAGUCCUGCAGAGCGAGACACUUUGAAUGCAUUGACAAGACAACACCUUCUGAAUUACGAUCAAGAUUUAAAAAAUGCAGAGCUUGAAUUGUUUGGCCAGCCCCUUGAUCCAGAAGAAUUAAACAUGGCUCCAGAACCUAAGAAAACAGAAGUCAAGAGGAAGUUAUCUGUUACCGUUCAGAGAGCAACUGAAUCCCGUUACAGAGCCCAGAUCCUCAAGGACAGCAAAAAUAACAUUCUGCUGAAGUCCAUUAGUUACUUGGGAACAUCAUAACAUGCACUUAUUGAUGUUAAAUAUUUGGUUGCUAAUCACACUGUAGUAUUGACAAUGCUUCAAGGAAGUCUGUGAGAUCAUGCAUAUAUUGCUGCAAAUUCAAAUGCCUUUUGGAGUUGUAAAAAAGGUUUGUUCUGCAUAUGAAAUUGGGAAGCCAUUAAAUUCAUCGUGUGAUUUCAGAAAUGGUUGGUUUGCAAAACACACUUCAUAGAUAAAAGUAGUUUGUUUACCCUAUGUGUUAUUCAUUUUGGUGUGUGUCAUCAAUAAAUCUAUGCAUCACA